AUGAAAUUUCGACAGAGAAUAGCCUGGCUGAUGGUGGUUGCUUACCUAGGAGGAACGUUUUCAUUCUUCUACUACAUGUUUGAAAUCAACGAGCAUUAUAACCAGUAUGCUGUUGAUCAUUACACUCAACCAUGUGUCUGUAAACAACCUAGGGACUAUACUGAUAGGGACUCCGUGGUGUCGAAGACUUUCACAUAUGCCAGUUCGUGCAACACAGACCCCAUUCCCCCACUACAUGCAGUGCAAUCUGUAUGUGGCCAGGGUAUCUUCUUCAAACGCAAACAACACCUUCGCUUUCUCAGUUUUCUACUAAAUCUACGAUCAUCUGACACCCAACUGAACCCUGGACCAAUACAGCGCAAGUUUAAAUUCCCAUGCGGCGUUUGUGAGAAAGGCUGCCAUUGGAAUCAGAAGGCUAUCUACUGCGAUGAGUGUGAAACAUGGUACCAUGCUAAGUGUAUACAGCUGAAUGAUGCUGUCUUCCUGCCCUUCACUAAAUCUGACAACGAUAUGAGCUUUACAUGUUUUUCUUGUGGUAUCCCCAACUUCUCUUCAAGCCUAUUCGACUCGGUCUAUGUCCACCAGAUUGACACAGAUCAACCAAACCAUGGAAACAGCCUACAUUCAGUUAUCAGCAGCGACAUCUCAGAACUAGAGAGCGUAUCCAGCGUCAAUAUAUCAGACAUAUCCAGUAUUUCCAGAUCAACUCACAGCACUUCUAGUAUGGAAAACUUCCCACCGUCAUGCUCUAGUCCUAAAAAGAAUUUCAAGCACAAACUACGCACAAACAACAUCCGACUAGCCAGCAUUAAUAUUCAGAGUGUCUGCAGCUCCAAAAAGAAAGCAAGCUUCUGGAACUUCCUUGAAUCUGUCAGCUGCGACAUCAUAUGUGGCUGUGAAACGUGGCUAAACCCAACAAUCUAUGAUGCUGAAGUUCUUCCAACUAACAGCAACUACACCAUUCACCGUAAGGAUAGACCUGAUGGCUAUGGAGGGAGCCUCAUUCUUGUUAAGGACAACAUUGUCAGCGAACCAGUCGAAGUCAACACUCCAUGUGACAUCCUAUUCCAGAAAAUUGAAUGCAUCAAUAAAGAGACCCUCAUCAUCGGCUCAGCUUACAGACCAACUAAUAAUGAUGAAGAAUAUUCAAGACAUCUAUUCAAUGCCAUCUCACACAUCUGCAACAAAUUUAAAAAUGCUACUAUUUGGAUUGCAGGUGACUUCAAUCUACCAGAUAUUAAUUGGUCAAACAACGCAAUCAAUGGACACCAAUACAGGAAAGCAAUAAAUGAACAAUUUCUUCUCCUAGAACCUGAACUAGGCCUCACACAAAUUGUUGACUUCCCUACAAGAGGCGACAAUAUACUUGACCUUUUCCUCACCAAUCGACCACAACUUGUCAACCGCUGUACAGCAACCCCAGGGAUAAGCGACCACCACGCCAUAUUUGUUGACACCAACAUGUGUGCCACACGUAUUAAACCAACAAAGCGCACCCUGUACAUGUGGGGGAAGGCCAACAUCAAUACCAUUAAAGAAAAAAGCAAAGCCUUAUCAGAUACCUUACUAGAGAAAAUCAACCCCUCUUCAGACAUUAAUUACAUCUGGACUAUUUUCAAAAAUGGCUGCCAAAAGAUCAUUGAAGAUGAAGUCCCACAUCGCCAAAGUGCUCAAAGAUUCAAUCAGCCAUGGAUCAACCGGGAUAUAAGGCGAAUUACCAGACUGAAACGAAGGUGGUUCCGGCGUGCCAAGAACUCAAACUCCACUUCUGACUGGUCAAAAUAUAAAGAUAUCAAAAGGAAAGCCCAGCGCCUAUGCAGAUCUGUCCACGAUGCCCACAUAUCAGACAUGCUCCAGCCAGACCAUCAAAACCCAAAAGUCUUCUGGAACUACAUCAAAUCCAAGAAGAAAGACAACUUUGGUGUGUCUCCACUCAAGAAGGACGGGUUGGCAUACAGCGAUGGUAAACAGAAAGCUGAACUUCUAAACAACCAGUUCACCUCUGUCUUCACCAAAGAGGACAUGGCUCAACGCCCUACUCUUCCUCCAAGUUGCUUACCAACUCUAAACCCUAUACAUGUCACGAUUAAGGGCGUCCAGAAGCUUCUGUCGAAUCUUAAGCCACACAAGGCUCCAGGCCCAGACAAAAUACCCACUAGGCUCCUCAAACUUGCAUCAGAAGAGUUGUCUCCAGGCCUAGCAAAGCUAUUCCAGCUGUCUCUGGAUCAAGGUCAGAUCCCACUCGAAAACCGCCCUUGUCUCACCUGUCUUCAAAAAAGGAAAUCGCUCAUCACCAUCCAACUACAGACCUAUCUCUCUAACAUCAGUCUCCUGCAAAGUACUGGAACACAUCAUCUUCAGCAACAUCAUGUCUCACUUUGA